CUCUUUUUUUUUCUUGCAACAACAAAGCUACAAAGCUAGUUUUUAGUGAACAAUAUUCGCAACUGGCAGUUUUAAUAAAUACAAAUUUAGUGUGACCGCAUAAUAUUUACAUGCAGUUUGUCUGCGUUGUUUAAUGCACCCUGAUUGUGCUUGUGUUUUUUGGUGUGGGUAAGAGAGCGAAACAAAAAAAUUGAAAUAUUUUCGCCCUCUUUUAUGUGAUUUCUAAUAACAAUACCAAACAAGUGAAAGUGUAAAAGUUACUACAAACAAAAAUUGGUGCACAUAUAAUCUACAACAACUUCAAGUACAGCUGCACAAAAAUCAACAACUGAACACUUUUUGGAUUACGCUGAGCUAUCUUUUUGCAAUUGCUUCGAUUAAUAAGGAAAUAAAGUGUGCCAGAAUAUUCCGAAUGCACGUAACAUUGAAAAUAAACAUGCUGAAAAUACGCUCCCACUCGAAGCACCUAAAGUGAAAAUUACCUAAAUAUAUAACAUUCGUGUAAUGUAUAUCUAAAGUUAUUUAAUUCAUGUUAAACAACUAUCAGCAGCUGCCGCUAGCAAUGGAGCAAAAAGCGGACUCAAAUCAAACUAACUAAAGGAACUGCACUUAAUUAAAGGUCUUAAGGCUGAAACAAACUCGCUCUGAUUCAGCUUUAUAACUCAAAACUCUCCAAUACACAAUAAAAAAAAUGAACUCCGUCAUCUCAGCAUUUAAAACCAAAAAGAAUAACCAGGCGAGUCCAACAACCGUGGCUGUUACGUCCAGUGUUGCAACAUCGGAUGGCAAGCAAAGCGGUGGCCUAGUUGGCAUUAGCAUAUCCAGCGUUGGCGGCGUAAUUAGAAAAAAGCCAGUGGCCCAAGACAAUGGCUAUCAAUACUUGCGGCAAAUACGCGAAAUAGAGACUGCCAAUAAGCUGCUUUUACCUGUUGUUGCAGCUGCCGCCGACGAUCUGCUCGUGCGCGGCCAUUCGUUUUUGGAUAGCGCGGAUACGUUGCAUAUCCGUCCAGCACUUGAUGCAGUUGACGCCAGCACAGAUGUGGUGGAUCACUGUGCGCCUCCUAUGUUGCGUCAGUCAAGUGCGGAUGCACACUCUGAUUAUAAUAUGAACGGCGAGGCGAACAGCACCAUCAGUAGCACCAAUGUGACGGUUGCUGAGAAUGGCAACAUGGAUAUUUACACGUUUCCCUGCGGUAGGUAUAGUCCAGCGGCGCCAGAUGACGAUGAUAAUUCGGAUCAUUCGACGGCCGCUUGUACCAGCACGAGCAGCUCCAGUGAACAUAGCAACAGCACUGUGGUGCAUAGUACAACGGUGGCGGACGCCAUUCCAGGCAAGAAUUCCAGCUUUUUGAGCAGCGCUUCGUCAGCAAAUUGCCAAUUGUUAAUCGCAACCGUCUGCGAGCCGCACUCAACAUCGAGCAUCACGCUCUCUUCACUAAAUUCAGAGGAGCCACUCGUUGAGUACAGCCUAAAUGGUGACGGCAGCCACCAUACUCCGCUUUCCUCGCCUGUGAUAACAAACGGGCAUGAAGAUUAUGUGCCUGCGUUUCUAAAAGUCCCGCCCGUAACAUUGCCCCUAAGUUCGCCAACCUACAACUGCAGCCGUUCUACGACUUCAACGCCAACAAUUAAUUCCGCCGCCAGCACCCCCAAACAUGUUCGCUACUCAAAACCCCGCCUAAGCCUGAGCCGUGGGUUCAAUCAAUCCAUGCCCUCGGUUCACGGACGGCCCAACCUGAGUGUGUUGUCAACAACCACCGCGCAGACUGGCACCACUCCACCAAAGCGCAUUGCAAUGCACCAAAGGAAUUUGAGUUUAGAUUUCAGAUCAAUGGGCAUAAUGCUGCCGCCUGUGUCGCAGGUGACUAACGCGCGUAUCAAUCACACGCAACAUCAUCGCAAUCGAAGUCUCGACAGCGCCUUGCAACGCAUACCAGAGGUCGAAAUUUCUUCGCCCAAUGCUGAGAGUGAAAACUCAUUUUGCUCACCAUCAUCAAUACUAAACACCAAUAUGUGCUCAAAAAUUGUAACUACUGCGGCUGUUGUAACCGCUGCUCUGUCCGCAUCCCCACCAAUGCCGGGCCUCACUUUUGCACAUAACAUAAAUCCUGGCUCUGGAACAGUCGCCACUGUCCGGCCAGCAACGAAUCAGGCAGCAUCUGCAGUCACUGUACACAUGCAACCGAAUCAGCAUGCAACCAUUGGAGUUGUAGACUCCUGUCCAACGUUAAGAAUGCGACCCAAAUCGAACGAGUUGGUAUCAACGGGACCACAAAACAUGGCUGAGGCUUGUAGCAGUAUCAGCAAUAGCUUUAGCAGCGCCAGCAGCAGCAAAAAACGCGAGGAUCUGACUAGCCUUGGAUCAGAUGAUUCCGGUAUUAUAUGUGGCUCAGAGUCUGACCAAAUAUCUCUGAAUCGUAUAUGCAACUCACAUGAAUCGCUCGACUCUGGCGAAAUGGAUGGUGAUGUCGACGCGGAGGAUGAAAAACAAUGUAUUGAGAUGAUGGAAACAGCGUCCAUGGAUGAAGACUAUAAUUUAAUGAAAUCGGAGUUAUGCAUUUUUCCACCUCUUAACGCCAAUGAAUUCGACUGCCGCACAUUGAAACCCUCGCGCAAGCAAAAGCAGCAAAAACGGGAACAAUCCAAACCUACAGCACAGCAGCAGGAUCAGAAACAGUGCGGUGCAGAUGAUCGAAUGCGUUAUCGUGUGAUGAACAUGUCACAGGCUGCCAUUAACAUGGAGCUCGGCGCAGCGCCAAAUGAGAUUGAGCCGGUGUUAGACGAGCAUGUCGAGGGCCAUGAGGCGUUGUCCACAUCACAAACUACCACCAGUAACAAUAGGGCACCGGUUAUAAUGACGCCCACAAUGACGACACCAGCAGUCAUACCCACAACCAUAGCCAUACCUACUGAAAGCACCAAGAAUGAAUUGCUGUUCAAAAAUUUUUUCGGUGCCACCAAGAAUGCAAUUUUCCGCACGGCCCAAAGCAUAAUUGAGAACCAUGAAAAGAAAAAUGCCGCCAAGCUGAAAAUCACCGAUCCGCAGGAAAUUUCAACUACGACAAAUGUGUCUUAUAUUACACCGAACAGUGCAACGCAAAUGUCUCCGGAUUCGAUCAAGUCGCCCACGGACAUUUCUAAAAAGAAAGAGUUUUUUAGCUUGCUCACGUCCAGUUCCAGUAAAAAAUCAGCAGCUGCUGUAGUAGUUGCCAGUGCAACAUCAGUCAGUACCCUCCCAGCUGAUUUGCCAACGGACGGCGCCAAAAGUGCCGCCACGUACGACAUUUCCACGGAUGUAAAGAUUAAGGAGCGCACGCUAAGUCUGCGGCUGCCGGGCACUGAAAGUGGCGACCACGAGGCGACGCUACCGAAAAGCUCUUCCAUAAGUUCACUGCAGCAGUUGAAGAUGCCAGUGCCAGGCGUGGUGAAAUAUUUUAUCAGCGACCGUUUGCCUUCUGUUUGUUCAGCGCAGAGCUAUGAACGGGGUCCUAGUGGCUUGUUGAGGUUUUUUGAAUCGCCCGUUUUUAACAUUCACUUCGCUGUGCAUUAUUUGUUUUAUUCGAAGGAGCCGGGAGUACUGAGCUUUAUUGGCAAUAAGAUAUUUAGCUUUCAAGAUCAGGAUGUGGAUCUAUAUAUACCGCAGCUAAUUGUAAUGUAUAUUCAAAUGGAAGAAUUGGCUGAAGUAUUGGACCCAUAUCUCACUAUACGUUGCCGUAAGUCCGUGGAUUUCUCGCUGAAGUGUCUGUGGUUACUGGAGGCGUAUAACUAUCAGGUGGACUCGUUGGGCAACUGCAGUAACAGCCGCAAGUCCAAGCUGGCACUUAUGAAAGAGAUAUUCUCCAAAAAAGAAAAAUCCAAAUCUGAUGUUAACCAAAGCCCAGCUAUUGCUUUAGUAAAGAAAACGCAUCAUCGCUCCCAAUCUGAUGCCACAGUGCUGCUCGCCGACUCUCGCAGCCCUCAUCCGCUCAGCAUAACGCAUAGGAUAUUCCACCAGCCACCUUACACCACACAAACAUUACCCACGACAUCCGCCAAGCUUUGUCUGGGUGAUCUAACCUCGGGACGUGCUUUCGACAAUGGUUGCUGCUGUUUCGAAACGGUGCGGGGACAAGUUAAUGGACUGCUGGGACAUCGUACGCUUUGUAGUUGCGGAGCCCCAAAGACGGCGCCGCAAAAGGAAUUCAUGAAAUCACUUAUGAAUGUGGGCAAAAAUCUGACUUCUCUUCCCUCCAAGGCGGAAAAGACUUCAGCGCUGCGCAUGUUUCUAAAUUUGAUCAAUAAAAAUUUGCCCGCUCGUGUCUGGCUGCCGCUUUACUCGGAUAUUCCACAUCAUGUGGUCCGCAUCACAGAAGAGAAGACCGCUGUGCUUAACUCCAAGGAUAAAACGCCGUAUAUCAUAUACGUAGAGGUGGUUGAGGUGCCAGACAUAUACACAUCCCCGCUAAUACCAAAGAUGAUGCCUUCGCUGCGGCACACCAAAAGCGAAGAACACUUGGAAGGCGGCACCUGUUUGAGCACGCAUCAGAGCUGCAGCCGAACCACUAGUUGUAGCAGUAGUCAUAAUGGCUCCAGUUGUCGCCGCAAAAAGGCCACUGAAUCAUUUGCAGAAAGUGGAAGUGGUGACCCCUUCACACACAAUUGUUGCUGUAGUUAUAAUGGCAACCUACCUUCAAUGGGUGGACUGCAUCUGCAUGAAGAUGAUGUCUGGUCACAAGAAGAUGACGAAAUCACUGCGCAGUAUUUGAACAUGCAAAAGAUCAGCGAACGAGAUGCAAUUUCACAGAUGUCGUUGGACUCGUGUGACUCCAGAGAUCAAGGUCAACCAAUUGUCUUCAAUAUUGGUGAUGUGCGUAAUCGACAUUGCAAUAACUUGAGCUGUGAGAACACAAAGCCCUUUUGCAAUGAUCCAGAGGAUCCAUCUGCGGCGGCCUUAAAGGAGCCUUGGCAUGAAAAAGAGAAACUCAUUCGAGAAUCCUCGCCCUAUGGUCAUUUAUCAAACUGGCGCCUAUUAUCGGCCAUUGUCAAGUGCGGUGAUGAUUUGCGGCAAGAACUUAUGGCCACUCAGUUGUUGCAGAUGUUUAAGAUUAUUUGGCUGGAGGAACAUGUGGAUCUCUGGGUACGGCCAUAUAAAAUAAUUUGCCUCUCGAAUGACAGUGGUUUGAUUGAGCCUAUACUGAACACCGUUUCGCUUCAUCAAAUUAAAAAGAACUCCAACAAAUCUUUACGGGAUUAUUUUAUUGACGAGUAUGGACCACCAACGGGCCAAAGUUUUCGUCAAGCCCAAAGAAAUUUUGUUCAAAGCUGUGCCGCAUAUUGUUUAAUAUCCUAUCUUCUACAGGUUAAGGAUAGGCAUAAUGGCAACAUACUCUUUCAUUCGGAUGGCCAUAUAAUACAUAUAGACUUUGGCUUUAUUCUAAGCAUAUCUCCCAAAAAUUUGGGUUUCGAGCAAUCGCCUUUUAAGCUCACACAUGAAUUCGUCGAUGUUAUGGGCGGCACCGAUUCCAUACAUUGGCGGGAAUUCAAUCGCCUUCUUCUCGUCGGCAUGAUGUCUGCGCGCAAGCAUAUGGAUCGCAUCAUUAACUUUGUGGAAAUCAUGCGUAGUAAUGCACAUUUACCCUGCUUUAAGAAUGGCUGUUCCGGUACAGUUCAGAAUCUCCGAAAACGAUUUCAUAUGAAUUUAACUGAGCAAGAAAUGGAGCGCAAGGUUGAACAACUUGUGCAGGACUCGCUCAAAAGCCUGUCAACAAAACUGUACGAUGGCUAUCAAUAUUACACCAAUGGCAUAUUGUGAGAACGGUUUUUUAUGAAAAUCUAAGCCAACGGAUUGUUAAAUCAUCUACUGAGUAAACGUGCCGAUCUGAUAAACCAAAACUAUGGACUGACUUCGAUUAAAAACAAAUUAUGAUAUAUACAUAUACAUGUAUAUAUGUUUAAAAGUAUAGAUUAUUCUGCGUGUUGGCACUAUUAUUAUUAUUAUUAUUAAAUUAUAUUCUCUUAGGCUAAAGUAAAUGUUGUCUAGCUUUUAAGUUGAAGUCUAAAUGUUUGUGACUAAUGAUCUACUCCUCCGGUAUCGGUAUUGCAAUUAUAAUAAUCAGCGACUUGUAUAUAAUUAAAAUCGUAUUACUUUAAUUAUCAAAUAAUGUCUUACAAGUGCAAAUUAUCAUUCAUUGUUUCAUGCUAUAACUGUCUAUAAACUACACAAUAAUUGUACUAAACGUAUUUACUUAACAAGUUUUAUUUCUAACUACAACCACACACACCACCACAAUAGUUUCAUUUUUAUCUAAAAAAAAAUCCAAUUAAUAUUGCAAAUAUGUAUAAACAUCCGUCAUUUAAAAAAUACAACAUUGUAAAAAUAUUUGCGUUUGCCGUUCAAGUUGCUCAUAUGUGUAUAUAUGUAUUUUAACAUUUUCUAAAUAUAGGAACUAAGCUAUUAAGAUAAAGGCAAAAUCAAAUCAACCAGAAAUAAAAAUUUAUUUGUAAGACACUUUAAGUGUUUAUUUCUACUUUGUGUGUCAAAAAUAAUAUGAAUAAGUACUCAUUGCAUGUCUUAAGCAUAAAACAAAUAUCGUACACAACAAAUAUUGAUACGGUACAUAAUAUAAAUACGCAAAAAAUAUGCAAACAAAAGCUUAAACAUUUUUCUACGAUUUAUUUCAUAAAUUCGAUUUAACAACAGUUAUAACUACUGCAAGUUACAUAUAUUCGAAAAUGCGAUAUUACAUUAUACUAAUAAUAAAGACGAAAGUACCCAA